AUGCAGAAAGAACCGACUAUUCGAUAUGGUGACCCAAACCCAAUCGAUACCACUGGCCUAUGCCUGCUGUCCUUAGAUGGCGGCGGUGUCCGCGGCCUCUCAUCACUCUACAUCCUGAAGAGCAUUAUGGAUCGACUCAAUCAUGCGCGGCGGCAGGCUGGGCUUUAUUCGGUGAAGCCGUGCGAAGUGUUCGACCUCAUUGGGGGCACAAGCACCGGUGGGCUGAUUGCGAUCAUGCUCGGUCGGCUCGAGAUGGAUGUCGAUAGGUGCAUUGCCGCAUAUAGCGAUCUCGCGGCAGCAGUGUUCGGCGAGAAGAUGCACUCGAUUCCUAUCAACUUCAAGGGUGAUAUCACGGCUAAGUUCGAUUCGGCAAAAUUGGAGAGGGCGAUCCAAAAGGUUGUCGAGGACAGUGGUGCAUCUGCGCAAGAUCUUUUCAACGAUGACACCGGUUCCAAAGACGGCACUGCACGUGGAUGCAGGACUUUCGUUUGCACCGCUGACCGAUAUACAAAGGACAUUGUUCGCCUGCGAAGCUACAGCCUCCCUCAUGAGCCAAACAUCCGUGCAACGAUAUGCCAAGCCGCCCUUGCCACAUCUGCCGCCACAAGCUUCUUUUACCCAGUUAGCAUCGGGGAUCGAUCCUUUGCUGAUGGUGGACUCGGCGCGAAUAACCCUGUGGACGAAGUGGAGGGCGAGGCGUCGAAUAUAUGGUGUUCUGAGACAGGAGACUUGAAACCGCUAGUCAAGUGCUUCAUCUCGAUCGGAACGGGAAACCCAGGCAAGAAGCCGUUCGAGGAUAAUAUAAUUAAAUUUCUCGGUAAAACGGUAGUACAGAUCGCGACCGAGACAGAAAACACGGAAAGAAGAUUCAUAGCCAGGUGGGCUAAGCAUUUUGACGAAAAGAGGUACUUCCGGUUCAAUGUCGAGCAGGGGCUUCAGGAGAUCGGGCUUGAGGAGUUUAAGAAGAAGGGACCAAUGGAGGCGGCGACAGAGGGAUACCUCACACAUAUGGCACAAAAGUUCCGCGUGCGGGACUGCAUUCAAAACAUGAAACUCAAAGAGAACAAUACGGAGGCAUGUUUUGCCAGGAUCAUAAAUGAAUAUAUAACCAGCACUAUUCGACAACAGCCAGUUGAUCGCUUCCACAUACCGUUCCGCCUGACUGCUAUGCCAGAGAUUAAGAAGGAGAGCUUUUUAGGUCGACAAGACAACCUGAGAGAUUUAUGGCAGUACUUCCAGCCGACACAGUCCCAUUCACGAAAAGUUGCGAUUCUCCAUGGACUUGGAGGAAUAGGGCAAACGCAGCUAGCGAUUCGCUUCGCAAGAGAUCAUCAGCAGGAAUUUCCGGCGAUCUUUUGGCUGAGUGGCAAGGAUCAGAGCACGCUUGUCCAAUCUUUCAGUUCGUAUUUCUCUCGACUACCAGAGCAACCAGAGAUCCCCAAAGCGUUCAGUAUCGACGAAGAACAACGGUUUAAAGUAGUGCGAGAAUGGCUAGAAAUAGAAGGAAACUCACGCUGGCUAAUCAUUCUGGAUAAUGUCGAUCGAUACACUCCAGCCGACAGCGCUACCGGUGAUGCAUAUGAUGUCAGAAAUUUUUUCCCUGAGACUGAUCACGGCUCUAUUCUAAUCACGUCUCGACUCACGGAGUUGGCUGAGCUGGGCCAACCUUUUCCAGUCUAUAAGCUUGACCAAUCAGACACAAUUGAGCUUCUUUUGUCUGAAAGCGGUCUACUAUCAAGUACCGACAAGCACCUUAAAACCAGCCCAGAUAUGCUUUCCCUUGCCACGCGUCUUGAUGGACUGCCAUUAGCGAUUGUCAUUGCAGCAGCAUAUAUGCGUAAUACCAGCACUAGCAUCACUGAAUACUUAGACCUCUACCAGAAGUCAUGGCGUGAGCUACAGUCGCGGUCGAGCCCCGCGCGUCAGUAUAAGCAGGGAAAUAUGCUGAAGACGUGGAUGAUCUCAUUUCGUGAGGUCCAAAAGCGAGAUCCAAAUGCAGCAGCGUUACUUCUUCUACUUGCUCGCUUUGAUAAUCGCGACCAAGGGAAGCUGAAAGAGGCAGAGGAGAUAUACCAGCGAGCACUGGCAGGCUAUGAGAAGGUCCUUGGUCCAGGCCAUGUGUCUACUCUCUCUACAGUUGGUAACCUUGGCAAUGUCUACUAUGAUCAAGGGAAGCUGAAAGAGGCAGAGGAGAUGUACCAGCGAGCACUGGUAGGCUAUGAGAAGACCCUUGGUCCAGACCAUACGUCCACUCUCAAUACAGUCAACAACCUUCGCCUUCUCUACAAUCGAUGGAAGUUCAAACAGGCAGAGGAGAUAAACCAGGGAGAACUGCCAAGCAAUCAGAAGGUUGCACAUCUAAAUGCUAGUAUGGCACGGCGGACUAUGGAGAAAUUCGCUAGAUUGUUCAAAUAA